AAUAGUCGAAAAAAAAACACAUACGCACGCACGAACGGGAGAAAGGCCUGUGCAGAAAAGAGUUCGGAACGAAUUCUGUACAUUUGGGAAGAAAAACGGUAAAAGCUGCACAUUUCCAACGUUUGUACGUGCUACACUAGGAAGCAGCAGCUUUUAUCGGUGUAGUUCCCGCUCGUGCGUUAACGCUGUCGCAACGAAAAGCCAACUUUUUGCCAGUGCGAUUGUGUACAAGUGAUUGUAGUUUUCUUCGGCCCCAUUGGCCAACAACACAAGGGGGAAAACAUCAUCACCAUCAUCAUCGUCGUCAUCGCUGAAAACAAGGGCAACUUCCAAACGGCAGUCCCUUCUAGCAGUACGCGACGAUUUCCUCUCGCUUCGUUGCUGUGGACGGCGCGCACUCGCAUUUCACGGCCACCAACAUGUCGAUGUGUACCGUUUCCUGAUAGUACGCUGCGUCUGUUUAGUAGAGCAGGUGGUGUGCGGACGUGUACGUGGUGGGUUCCGUGGGAAAGGGCCAGUUAAUGAGAGCAUGAUGUGCACAUAAUGAAGAUACGCAGCUAUGCUGACCCGUGGUUGCUGUGCUUGGACGGUGAAAGAAUCAAUCAGCAGCGGUGCUGCGACAGGGGUGGGGGGUUAGUGCGUGGAGCCGACAAGGUGGUGGUCAGUGCGGGGCUGUUGGUGAUGGUCGUGGACCUAGAACAAAAAACCGCCAGGAAAACAGCGUAGCGCAACACCGAGCGCUAUAUCGCCUCGACCAGCUCAGCUCCACACUGCUGGCACACGUAUCAGCUUCUCGAACGAAUGUGUAGUAGCAGCUUCUAGCGGAGUUGGAGCAAAUGGUCGCAGCAGCUAAACAAACACGCGUAAACCCAUAGCAUUUGCUAGAUUGUGCCACCCACCGCACACGUAUUCCCGUCCCGGUGACAACGAGUGAAUUGAAACAGUGCAUUCUUCGGCUCGUAACAUUCCCGCGAGGAAAACUCCCAAACCAACGUACUCCUGGCUAGAGCGUACGUAAACAACCGGAAAAGUGUGUUCCCCCUUUGAUCGGGAGGAGCCGCGCCAAGUAGUGGCCAACGCGGUGCGAGUGUGCAGUAGCAGCGUAUAGGACACCUGCAAUACAACAAAAUGCGGACAGUAAAGACUGGAGGUGGCACUACCUCGCGAGAGCUGCUCACCUUCAUCGCGAUGGUGACGAGUGUGAUGCUCGGGUUGACGGCCCUUUCGAUGGCCCUGGCUGAACAAAUGCCAACCGUUCCUACGCACAACAUGUCCAACAAGGAGCGAAACGAGCUUAAAGAGGAAGCCAGGGAAAUGUUUUACCAUGCGUACCGGGCGUACAUGGACAAUGCCUAUCCGGCGGAUGAGCUGAUGCCGCUGAGCUGUACCGGGCGUUACCGCGGUGUCACACCGUCCCGUGGCGACCUGGACGAUACGCUCGGGAACUUUUCCAUGACCCUGGUGGACACGCUGGAUACGCUGGUGGUGUUGGGCGAUAUAGAAGAGUUCGAACAUGCCGUCAAGCUGGUGAUCAAGGAUGUAAAGUUCGAUAACGACAUUAUUGUGUCGGUAUUUGAAACUAAUAUUCGUAUGAUCGGUGGUCUUCUGUCCGGACACAUCCUCGCGGAGUAUGUGCAGAAGCAGGCCGAUGUGAUGACGUGGUAUCGUGGCGAGCUGCUUGAAAUGGCGAAAGAUUUAGGCUAUCGGUUACUGCCGGCAUUUAACACUUCCACGGGUAUACCGCAUGCGAGGGUAAAUCUUAAGCACGGCAUGAAGGUUGAAGCGCUGCGACAUUCACGCGAAACUUGUACCGCUUGUGCCGGAACGAUACUGCUGGAAUUUGCCGCCCUCUCCCGGCUUAGUGGUGAACCCAUCUUUGAGGUGAAAGCACACGCCGCCAUGGACGCACUGUGGAAGAUGCGGCACCGCAGCUCGGAACUGAUGGGUACGGUGCUUAAUGUACAUUCCGGCGAUUGGAUACGGCGCGAGUCGGGUGUGGGUGCCGGUAUCGAUUCGUACUACGAGUACUGCCUCAAAUCGUACAUUCUGCUGGGUGACGAGCGUUACCUGGCCCGGUUCAAUCGGCACUACCACGCAAUCAUGAAGUACAUCAGCCAAGGUCCGAUGCUGCUCGAUGUGCAGAUGCACCGGCCACACACCAAGACGCGUAACUUCAUGGACGCACUGCUGGCCUUUUGGCCCGGGUUGCAGGUGCUGUCCGGCGAUCUGAAACCGGCAGUACAGACGCACGAGAUGCUGUACCAAGUGAUGCAGAUGCACACAUUCAUUCCGGAGGCAUUUACGUUUGAUUUCCAGGUCCACUGGGGUCAGCAUCAUCUUCGACCAGAAUUUAUUGAAUCAACGUACUUCCUGUACCGAGCCACUGGUGAUCAUUAUUAUUUGCAUGCGGGCAAGAAAGCCCUGAAAGCCCUUCAGAAACAUGCCAAAGUUCCGUGCGGCUAUGCCGCGGUGAACGAUGUCCGCACGGGCAAACACGAGGAUCGAAUGGACUCGUACGUACUGUCGGAAACGUUCAAGUAUCUCUUCCUGCUGUUUUCGGAUCCGGCCGAUCUGAUCCUAAACAUCGAAGACUUUAUCUUUACAACCGAAGCUCAUCUGCUGCCACUAACGUUGGGCCAGCUGGGAAACCAUACCUUCAAUGGUGUGCGCGAUCAGGACGAGCAGGUGCAUAUGCUCGAUUACAUGCGGUCCUGCCCUAGCCCGAACAAGUUGUUUCCUGAAACAGUCCGGCGCCCACUCCGUGACCUCGUUACGGGAGUCUGUCCGCGCAUAUCGAGUGCCAAGCGACUUAGAGCGGCUGACUUUCAGGCAGGCAAUACGGAUCAUCUACGAACAGUUUAUGACAUGGGCAUUACGAUGGUUUCUCUAGGCGAGGGCAAGGUUCAGCUGCUGCACAGCUUUCACAAUGCCAAAUCACCCGAGGACGCCGAACGCGGCCUUAUCUUCAUGCAGGAGAUGGUGGAACUGUCGAACUCGAACUCCAUCCCCAACACGCAGCUGCAGGCAGUCGCAUUCCAGCGGGACGGUGAUCGAGAACUGCUCAUCCUCGAGGCCGGUCCCAGCCACUUCGGUAUGGAGCUGGUGAACGAUCUGUCCGUCGUGCAGCGUGCCGUCUUUGCGAAACCCGUCAAGGUUUGCAGUGCGCUGAAAAAUGCUGACGAAAUUCGUGGGAAAAUCGUCAUUAUCGAGCGAGGCGAGUGUACGUUCGUCGAUAAAGCGAGACGUGUACAGACGGCGGGCGCUGUGGCGGCAAUCGUGUUCGACAACACACCAAACACUUCGAUCAACAAUCAGCAAAUGUUUGCCAUGUCCGGCGACGGCCGGGACGAUGUGCAGAUCCCGGUGGUGUUUCUCUUCACCAAGGAAGCGGAACAGCUCAUCAAGGCCGUCCGAGAGCAGCCAAGCCUCGAGCUCACGCUAAUGUCCGUCACCGGGCUGAAGGAAAAGCUAGCGAAGGAGCAGCAGCAGCGAGCAAGCACAACGAAGACUGACACGAAAAGUAGUGACACUAAAGCGACGCCAUAGUAGUAGCAGAGCUAGUAGAGGGGAGAGCGAUCUAUGUUAGCCAACGAUAUUGCUGCCGUGGAACAGGCCGUUGCCUGUAGUGGACGGUGUGUGGGAACAACCCUUCCUUUGGACCUACCGUGUACCGCCCCGAUCUGGUGCAACUGCUCCCGAUCCAGUCACUUACAACAUUCUCACACACACACACACAGUGGAUACCGUUUCAGCAUGGAACGACGGAAUCAUACAGGCGCACAAGCGCAACGGGUUAGAUAGUAAUGAAUUUAUUAGCAAAUUGUCGUACCGUGCCGGGAGUGUGAUGCUCGCGACAGGAAGCGACGGACGCAUUUUCUAGGAAAAAAAACAGAAAAAAGGGCGCUAAGAAGAAAACGGUCCUUGAAGUUGAAGGUGGGGUUUAUUUUGAUACUACUCCUAGUACCGAGAUAGCAAAUGAGAAGGAAUCAAAGUGAGAUAAACCAAUGCCGGAUGGUUAAAGAAGAUUGUAUAGUUCGGAAAGAGAACGACAAUGCAUUCAGGUGCAUUAUAUUGUUCAUUUCUCACCCCGGAACAAAAAAAAAAAACAAAAAGUGAUACAUUAGUGUAUAGUAGUUAACUAAAGGAACGAAAAAUGGCAAACUAACGGAAAGAGAUGGAGAAGCAAGAUGGUAGAAGGUGUACAGACGACGUGUGGCAAGUGACGGCGGUAGUCCCGAAAUGGGGAAGUUAGUUUUGUGUUUUUUGAUCGAUAUAUUCAUUCCUUUUUCUUUCUGUGCAAUCAACAACUUAGCCAAUCUAUUGUUGCAAUUAAUGUUAUGUUCUUUCACACUAUUAUUCCACAUAUCGCAUUGCUACAUGUUCGAGCUAUUCUAGUUUAUGUUGUUAUACUUCUGUACGAUCGCUGAUGCGAAGAAGAAAACGAUUUAAAACAAAAGCUGCUGUAAAACUUUCUGUAAAUCACAAUCUAUUUCUAGUUAGUUGUUAAAACUGCUUAUAACUACAGAGAUAUGUAAAACCAAUUGGAAAAAUGAACCAGCAAGCCGGAAGCUUAUCGAUUGUGUUCUUGAAAAAUAGCCACCUCUCCUUUAGUAAGUGAUUUUGUAUACUCUGUGGUAGAAAAAAAAAACAAAUCUUCGCUUCAGUUUGCCUGCUUCUUCAUUCUUUGCUCAUAAACUGUUUUGUAUUUUCGUUUAUUCGUUGUACGAUUGAAGGAAAGCCGGAAGCGAAGCGAGAAGGUAGAGUAAUUGAAUUGAAACCAGCAGCUGAAAAUUUCGUUAUUCAAGCCGACGAGAUGCGAUUUAGAUGCGCAAGGUUGUAAAUAACUAUUUUCUACAAAUCCGGAAGCGUCCCAUGGUUUAUAUUGAGGUAGCGCGCGCAAGAAGGAAGUAACGUGGACGUAACUCACGCUAGACGUAAGUAGAUUAAAUUUCAUGAAACAUGUUGCAAUAUGAAACCGUGCAGGGUGGUAUAACUGAGCGUUAGGAUGUAAGAAAACACUCAAAAA